UGGCUCAUCUAUGUUCUUUUAAGAUCUUAAAAAAUCAGUGGUUUUGAAGACAAUGAACAUCGUACUUCAUACGUGGGUGUACUGAACUUUUGAAGCGAUGGUGCCAAAUAGCUGUAUCUUCAAAAUAUAGCUAAGAAUUCGUAAAAUACUCCUCUCACAAAAGCUACUUUCAUUUUAUAAAACUUUCACCUAACUACUCUACAUUUGUAUAACACAUGUUUCAAAUAAAAUUUUCUUGGUUUGGAAAUGUAAAGAAGUUGAUGUAAAAUAAAAAAAUUGGUGGGUGAUGUAUUUUAUAAUGUAAAGCUAUAUAUAUAUAUUCAUUAUUCAGUAUGCCAAUUGACUUGAAGGAUUGGGAAAAUUCAGUCAAUAACUUUGCCGGGUUCUAGCAGUUGUUUACCGUAAUCUUUCCGGCCACUGAACAAGAAUUUUAGGAUUGAUAAAUUGUAUACAAAGGUACAGAAUCGCUGACAGAUAAACCGUGACAUGAGUAGUUAAUUCAUUAAUCAAAGGCUAAAUAAAGCAGUUGGAGGUCAUGAAUGUUGACACCAUCCAACAAAUUCUCACCAAACACGACUUAUAUAAAAUCGUUGUAUGUAGCCUAAGCCAAUUAUCUUUGCAUGUUCAAAGAUAUUUCACUCAUCAUCAUCUACAAAUGCAAUACCCAGGCGUGACUCUACUCCAUGGCUCCUCCAUGGGUUCAAGAGCUCCAUUUUCCUCACCUCAACAUACCCAUCACCAUUCAUCACAUCUCUCCAGUACUUCCUGCAGGUCCUAUCCCUGUCACUUUUGGUCAAACCCUAUACCUCUCCAAUCUUGAUGACAUGAUUGGAUCUCGCGUUUUUACUCCAACAAUCUACUUCUACCCAUCAGAUCACAACAAGCCAGUAAUGCAGACUCUAUGUAGUGCCCUUUCCAGUGUCCUAGUUCCUUAUUAUCCUUUGUCUGGUAGACUCCGAGAGACUGAGAAUGGAAAACUAGAAGUUUAUUUUGGACAAGAACAAGGCGCUCUCAUGGUCGAGGCUCGCUCUGAAAUGGCCUUGGCUCAAUUAGGUGACCUCACGGUACCAAACCCAGCAUGGACACCAUUGAUCUUUCGGUUUCCUGAUGAAGAGCCUUACAAAGUUCUAGACAUGCCUUUGGUGAUAGCUCAGGUAACCCAGUUUAGUUGCGGAGGAUUCAGUAUUGGUUUGAGACUUUGUCAUUGCCUUUGUGAUGGUGUUGGAGCCAUGCAAUUCAUAAACUCAUGGGCUGAAACUGCAAAAAAAGGGAAACUUGUCACAAAUCCUGAGCCAUGUUGGGACAGAGAGUUCUUCAAACCACGUGAACCACCUCUCAUCAAAUUCCCUCACGUUGAGUUUAUGAGAGUCGACGAUGGUUCGAGCCUCACCACGACCAUUUCUCAAGACAAGGCUAUUCAAAAGUGUUACAGGAUAAGCCAUGGUUUUCAAUCUCGACUCAAGACUUUGGCUCAAACAAGAGAGAGCUCACUUUGUUCUACCUUCGACGCCAUGGCAGCUCAUAUUUGGAGAUCUUGGGUUAAAGCGUUGGACGUUAGACCAAUGGACUACAAGCUCAGGUUGACUUUCUCAGUUAAUGCACGACCUAAACUGAAGAACACCCCAUUAAAAGAAGGUUUUUAUGGCAAUGUUGUUUGUGUGGCAUGUACCACAAGCACCGUUUCAAAGCUUGUCACUGGGAGUUUUGUUGAAACAGCGCUUUCAAUAGGUGAGGCUCGGCGGGGGAUCUCAGAGGAGUAUCUAAGGUCAACUAUUGACUAUGUCGAGGUAAGUCGACCAAGGAGGUUAGAGUUUGGAGGCAAGUUGACAAUAACUCAAUGGACAAGGUUCUCUCUUUAUGAGUCUGCAGAUUUUGGAUGGGGUCGGCCAGUGUAUGCUGGUCCUAUUGAUUUAACUCCCACGCCCCAAGUUUGUGUUUUCUUACCAGAAGGCAAGGCAAAUCUUAGUGGCAGCAAUGGUGCAAUGAUUGUGUGCAUUUGCUUACCAGAAUAUGCCAUCUAUAAGUUUACCAAACUUUUGAAUAUGGAAAAUAUUUGAAAGUUAUAGAUGCAUUAUAAGAGUUGUAUUGAAAAUAAAGCAUAGGACAAAAUUGAGGCAAUCUUCUACAAAUGUCAAUAACCAAUAGAAAUUGUCUAUAAAUUUUGUAUUUACUACAUAUAUAUUCUAUGAUUUAGUAACACUUUUUUUGGGUACUUAAGCAGAUAUCAUACUAUGGUAUUGGUAUGCAUUUUCUUUGGACUAGGAGGAUUGUGAGAGUAAAUGUAGUUUGUUACAAGUAAUACAAUACACAAUGAAAUAUUUAUAUUUGUUUA